AUGGAUGUCAUGAGACCCUUGAUACAUGAGCAGGACUUUGACGGGACGUCGGAUGAAGAGCGUGAACAGGAGCUCCUGCCUGUCCAGAAGCAUUACCAAUUGGAUGGUCAAGAGGGCCUUUCGUUUGUACAAACUCUUAUGCAUCUUCUUAAAGGAAAUAUUGGAACUGGCCUUUUAGGACUUCCGUUGGCAAUAAAAAAUGCAGGCAUAGUGCUUGGACCAAUCAGUCUUGUGUUUAUAGGAAUUAUUUCUGUUCACUGUAUGCACAUAUUGGUACGUUGCAGUCACUUUCUAUGUCAGAGGUUUAAAAAGUGCACGUUAGGUUAUAGUGACACGGUGAGCUUUGCUAUGGAAGUGAGCCCCUGCGCUUGUCUUCAGAAGCUGGCGGCCUGGGGACGGAGUGUGGUUGACUUUUUCCUGGUGAUAACCCAGCUGGGAUUCUGCAGUGUUUAUUUUGUCUUCUUAGCGGAAAAUGUGAAGCAAAUUCAUGAAGGAUUCCUGGGGAGUAAAAUGUUGGUUUCAAACAGUACCAGUGUACCUCACUCGUGUGAGAGAAGUGUUGACCUGAGGAUAUAUAUGCUUUGCUUUCUCCCAUUCAUAAUUCUUUUGGUCUUCAUUCGGGACCUAAAGAAUCUGUUUGUGCUUUCGUUCCUUGCCAACAUUUCCAUGGCCAUCAGUCUUGUGAUAAUUUACCAGUAUGUCAUUCGGAAUAUGCCAGAUACUCACAAUCUUCCAAUAGUGGCUGGGUGGAAGAAAUACCCACUUUUUUUUGGUACUGCCGUAUUUGCUUUUGAAGGCAUAGGAGUGGUCCUCCCAUUGGAAAACCAAAUGAAAGAAUCCAAACGCUUCCCCCAAGCGUUGAAUAUCGGUAUGGGGAUUGUUACCACUUUGUACAUAACCCUAGCAACCUUAGGGUACAUGUGUUUCCAGGAUGCAAUCAAAGGCAGCAUAACUUUAAAUCUUCCUCAUGACGUGUGGUUAUAUCAAGCAGUGAAAAUUUUAUAUUCCUUUGGCAUAUUUGUGACAUAUUCAAUUCAGUUCUAUGUUCCAGCAGAGAUCCUUAUUCCUGGGACCACAUCCAGAUUUCAUGCUAAAUGGAAGCAAAUCUGUGAAUUCGGGAUUAGGUCCAUUUUGGUUAUUAUUACUUGUGCGGUAGCUGUUCUGAUUCCUCGCUUGGACAUCGUGAUUUCCUUCGUUGGAGCUGUGAGCAGCAGCACUUUGGCUCUGAUCCUCCCCCCGUUGGUUGAGAUUCUCACGUUUUCAAGGGAACAUUACAGUAUCUGGAUGAUCCUAAAGAACAUUUCCAUCGCUUUCAUUGGAGUCGUUGGCUUCGUAUUGGGGACAUACGUCACUGUUGAAGAAAUUAUUUAUCCCACCCCCAAAGCCGUAGCCGAUGCCCCACAGCCGCUCUCUUUAAAUUUGAAUACAACAUGUUUGACAACAGCUUUGAAAUAGUGGAAGAAGAAUGAGGAGUCUUCUCCUUUUAUCUUAAUUCUGAACAUGGUUAAAAUAAGAACUUGGAGAAUACAGUGUUAUAUACUUAGAAAUAGAACCAAACUUUGUUUAAUAUGUUGGCAGUAAACCGUAAUUCUUUGCCCAUAUUGGUAAACUGUGUCAGAUCCUUUGUUUUAACUAUUACAGUAAUUUCAAGAAAUUUAUUUUGGAAAUUGACCCCCAAAAAACUAAAGUUAAAAAAGUCAAAUGGAACAAAAAUAAAGCAUAGCAAGGCUUCUAUUAUUCUUCUCAACCAGAGAGACUUGGGUCAGAUUUCUCUCUCACACCCCACUCCUACUUUUCUGCUACCCAGUUCAGAGAGCAGGGUGUUAACAUAAGAAUGAAAUGACGUAGGUCAUGUUUCUCCAGGCCAUCCAAACAUUGUGUAUAAUUUGAAAAUGCCCUGGUUAUGUUUAUGUUAGCCAGAUACUUAAGGUUGGUCAGUGGAAGUAUGGAUCAUUCCCAUUAACCGGAACAUGAACAGACAGAAACAGAAGCUCACAGCCAUGGAGUCGAUGCUGACUCGUACCGAACCCGGGACUACACAUCAGAACAUUUCCAAAGCCAGAAUCUGGUCCUUCAGCCUUGUGAGGCUAAUCCGGAGGCACCAAAGCAAGGUUCUGACACAGAGGUUCAAUCAACUUUGGAAAGGGCUCAGUAGGUUGCCCAGUACAACUUUCUUAUUGUUAAGGCUGCACAGCUCUGAGAUCAAGAGAACCUUGAUUUUAACUCUUGACUCCAGGGCUUUUUGUUUUUCACAUCACAUCUCAGAAAAAGAAUAAAUUAUGUUCAGGUUAAUUUUAA